CAAGAACUCUAGAUUAACACUCAUUUUUAAAGUUUUCAAAAGAAACGAAAAAGGUUUUAAACUUGUAACAAAGUCUAUGCACCCCCCCUCUAGACUUUGUAUCUCACCACUUUAGGACCGCCAAUUGGUAUCAGAGCACACUUCUCACUAUCUACAUUUAGAUCAAAGAGAAGCGAUCAUAAUGGUGAAGAAUAUGGAUCACGGUUUGCCCAUGUUUUAUGUUUUAGGUUAUGAUGAUUGGAAGAUCAUGAUGGAAGCACACCUCUAUGCUCUACAUGAUUGCAUGUGGAUGGUGCUUGAAGAUGGACCCUUGAAGAUUCAAAUGGAGAAUCCAGAGAGGAAUCCAACAAACCCAGAGGUAGUCCAGUACAUUCCUAAGCCCAAGGAGAAAUGGGAUGAUAGAGAUUGCAAAAAGCACAAUCUGGACAACGUCGCCAAAGCAGCCAUCUUCAAGACACUUGAUCCCAUCACCUUCUCCAAAAUCAAGCAUCUCAAGACUGCCAUGGAGAUAUGGCAAGAAAAGAAUGUAAGGUUACUGAGGUCUCUUCCAGCUGAGUGGUACAUCAAAGCCACAGCCAUGGAAGAAGGAAGAAAUCUGGAGAACUAUACUAUCCAAGGUCUCCUAGAUGAGCUCAGAACCUAUGAGCAUGAGCUGAAGAAGAAGAAGGAAGAACAAGUCACUCCUUUUCCCACGGCGCUGAUGACAAAUCCCAGAGUCCUAGCAAGCGAAGGGACAUGCCCAAGGAGCUCUGACACUCCUUCCUCCAGCCAGCCACCAAGAUCAAAGACGGAGAACUACGAAGUGGAAUUUGCAAUGAUGGUCAAGCAAUUCCGGAAGUUCAAGAAGAAGCCUGGCCACUGGAAGUUAGCUUGUCUGUACCAAAAAGUGGAGAACUACGGAGAAAGAGAAAGAAACGAGAAGAAGAAGAAGAAGGCAAUGGUAGCAGCUGAAAGUGAAGAGUCAUCCAGUUCAAGCUCGGAUGAAGAAGCCCUCGUCUGCAUGGAGCGCAGAGCUGAGAAGUCCAACCGUGAGGAUUGGUGGACUAUGUCUGAAGAUGACACUCUCUGCCUAAUGGCCAAAGAUGAUGCUGACCAAGAGGUAACUUCACAAACCUCCUAUUCAUCUUCUUACGAAAGCAUACCAACUUCUGAAAAUCUUUUUGACAAGUUCAAAAAGAUGAUGGAAGAUUUUGAGGAAAUAAAUCUCAAACACUCAUCCUUAACAGAGGAGAACAAGCUAUUGAGUGAAGAGAAUCUCAAGUUGACUAAAGGUCGGAAAAGUCAACUAAGUGAGAUCAUCAACUCAAGGCUGAGAAUGAGUCUCUUUCUGAAAAGAGAUUGCAAAAAGCACAAUCUGGAUAACGUCGCCAAAGCAGCCAUCUUCAAGACACUUGACCCCAUCACCUUCUCCAAAAUUAAACACCUCAAGACUGCCAUGGAGAUAUGGCAAGGUCUUGGGAAGCUAUGUGAGGGUUUAGAGGACUUGAGAAAGCAGAAGAUAGAAGUCCUGCUUGAGAAGUUCAAAGGCUUCAAAAUGCUUCCCGGAGAAUCAUUUGAUAUGCUCGAUGAAAGAUUCCACAAAAUCUUGAAUGAUCUUGCAUCACUUAACCACGUUCUUUCUCCCAAAGAAAAGAAUGUAAGGUUGCUAAGAUCUCUUCCAACUGAGUGGUACACCAAAGCCACAGCCAUGGAAGAAGGAAGAAAUCUGGAGAACUACACUGUUCAAGGUCUUCUUGAUGAGCUCAGAACCUAUGAGCACGAGC